CUCACUCACAGCCGAGGAGAGAGAUAGGACAGCUGCGAAAACAGCCGGAAAAUGAGUUGGAAGCAAUGGAUGCAUUUUAAUAAUGUAAACAAUGUUAGAUCACAGUGUAGAAUUUGCCGAAACCAAAUCUCAUAUAAAGCCGGUUCUACGCACAACCUACACCGGCAUAUAGGAACUGUGCACCAAACUGUGAAGCUAGCUGUAGCGGAGCUUCGAGAAACUAGCGGGCCUGCUAGUGAUAGUGGUGUAGCCAGCACCUCCACACCUGGAGAUGUAUCCACUCACUCAAGUAGGCCUACUCCGCGACCCACAGCAACACAGUCUUCUCUGGACCAGGUUAUGCCAAACGUCUAUGUCUGUAGCAAAGCAAGGCCAAAUUGAUAUUGCAUUGGCUAAAAUGAUUGCCACUGAUUUACAGCCAUUUUCGAUUGUGGAGGACAGAGGUUUUAGAAAUUAUAGCAAUAGUCUAAAUCCAAUGUACACAAUUCCAAGCAGGAAAACCCUUUCAAAAUCCCUCAUUCCUGUACGAGAGCACACAGGCUUUAGUGCCGGAAAGAGUCCAAAAAGCUACUGCAGUUUGCCUUACCACUGACUGCUGAACAUCAAGGGUAACCACUUCUUACAUGUCACUUCAUUGAAGAUUUUUCGAUGUCUAGCUGUCUUCUGGACUGCUUUGAGUUCAGCGACAGACACACCUCAGAGAACUUGGCAGAGGAACUGUUGAGAGUGGCCAGAGGAUGGCAAGUAGAUGGAAAAGUGGUCUGUUGUGUUAGCGACAAUGCAGUUAACAUAACCAAAGCCAUGAACAUUUUAAAAUGGACCCAUCAUCCAUGUCUUGCCCACACAAUCAACCUGAUUGUAAGAGAUGCUCUGAAGGUGAUGAAGCCCACUGUGGACAAAGUGAAAGCAGCUGUGGAAUACUUCCACAGGAGCACAGUAGGUGCUGAAAAACUAAAGUCUACACAAUGCCAGAUGGGGCUGCCUGAGCUGAAGCCUGAACAAGACUGCACUACAAGGUGGAAUUCAACAUUUUAUAUGUUGAAGCGGUUUCUUGAGUCAAAGGAUGCCAUCAUCUCUACCCUGGCCAUUGUCAAUGCACCUGUUGAUGCUCUGACCCAAGAGGAAUGGGAGGAGGUGUGCAGAGUCCAGGAACCCUUUGAGCAGGUCACUGUGGAGAUCAGUGGAGAGAGAUACACUAUGUGACAGCCUCAAAAAUGAUACUCAUGUGUAAGGGUCUGCAGCGAAUCAGCCAGCCGCCAGAGAAAAGCAAAUGUAACCAUAGGACAUGUGACAGAGUUGAUGGACACCCUAUGCUCAUCAAUGGACAGAAAGUUCAACAGAAUGGAAUAUAAUCACGUGAUAUCAGAAACCGCUGCACAUGACCCCAGAUUUAAGAAAUUAGCCUUCAGUGAUGCCAGAGACAUUGAUGAGGCUCUUCAAAGAAUAACCUCAGCAGCAGGGAGGGACAGCCCCAGCGGUCAGCUGGCUCAAGCACCAGGGCAACAGAGAGGGUUCAGAUAGAGCAGAAGCACCAGCAGUAGUGCCACAAACGUCUGCUGUUUGACGAGAGAGCAACUGGGGAUGCAGCACAAAGCAAUCCCUCAGCAGAUGCCAUAAUGGAGGUCCAAUCCUAUUUGGAGGAGCCCCUCCUCCAAAGAUCUGCAGAUCCUCUGAGCUGGUGGAAGAACAAGGCCUCUGUCUACACACGGCUUACUAAAGUCAUGACAGGGAGACUGCAUAGUGGCCACAUCCGUUCCCUCUGAGGGUCUUCUUGAAAACAGGACAACUAACUACUGAGAAGAAACCGCAUCAGCCCCUCGAAAGUGAGGCAGCUUGCAUUUCUUAAUGCAAAUCUCUCAUAAAAGCAAAAUAUGGUCAGCAUUUCUGUGUGCUGCUGGUUAUAACAUGGCAACAAAGAAGAGAGAGGGACCAGUUUAAUGUUUUAAGUGGGAUGCUGCAGCUUUGCACAUUUUUUUUUUCUUCUUUGAUA